UUAACGUUUCACUAGAGGGAAUUUUCAAAUCGAGGCGCUACUGCGAGCAGUUUAGAGAAGCCGGAUAUAAUAAACAAUGCAGAGAGCAUGGAAAGGCAAGACUCCUCGGAGGCCUGCCCUGAAGAAGACGAACAAUGUGGAGAAAGACCCUGUGGGAGUUUACUGUCGCAUACGUCCACUUGGUGCUGAAGAUGAGGAAUGUUGUGUUGAGAUGAUCAGCAGCAGCACCAUUCAACUGCAUGCACCCGAUGGUCUGAAAGCCAAUCGAAAUGGUGAAUAUAAGGAGACUCAGUACUCCUUCACAAAGGUUUUUGGUAUUAAUACCAGUCAAAUGGAGCUGUUUGAGGAUGUUGCUAGGCCGCUGGUAGAGGACCUCAUCCAGUGUAAAAAUGGCCUGCUGUUUACAUAUGGUGUCACUGGGAGUGGUAAGACCUAUACCAUGACUGGUUCACCUGGGGAAGGUGGGCUCCUCCCUCGAUCUCUAGACAUGCUCUUCAACAGCAUCGGGCCUUUUCAGGCCAAAAGAUUUGUGUUUAAACCAGAUGACAAAAAUGGAAUAGACAUCCAGAGCCAAGUGGAUGCCCUUCUUGAGAGACAGAAGCGAGACAGCCAACAGUCUGUACCCAAAACGCCGUCUUCCAGACAAAAGGCUGACCUGGAGUUUGCAGACAUGAUCACCCCAGAGGAGUCCCGUAAAUCCAAGAAUAUUGAUGAAGAUUGUUCCUACAGUGUUUUUGUGUCCUACGUCGAGAUCUACAACAACUACAUCUAUGAUCUCCUUGAAGAUGCUCAAUUUGACUCAGUCAGACCCAAACCACCUCAGUCCAGGAUUCUGCGGGAGGAUCAGAAUCAUAACAUGUACGUGGCAGGCUGCACAGAGGUCGAGGUCAAGUCCACAGAGGAGGCUUUUGAAGUCUUCUGGAAAGGACAAAAGAAGAGAAGAAUCGCAAACACGCAGCUGAAUCGUGAAUCCAGCCGCUCCCACAGCGUGUUCACAGUGAAGCUGGCUCAGGCGCCGCUUGAUGCUGAUGGUGACUAUAUACUGCAGGACAAAAACCAGGUGAACGUGAGUCAGCUGUGUCUGGUCGACUUAGCAGGCAGCGAACGCACCAGCAGAACCAGAGCAGAAGGAAGCCGUCUUCGGGAAGCAGGUAACAUUAACCAGUCCCUGAUGACGCUGCGUACCUGUAUGGAGAUCCUGCGUGAAAAUCAGAUGUGUGGUACUAACAAGAUGGUGCCAUACAGAGACUCUAAAGUUACACAUCUUUUUAAAAAUUACUUUGACGGAGAAGGUAAAGUCAAGAUGAUUGUGUGUGUCAACCCAAAAGCAGACGACUAUGAAGAGACUGUGUUGGUGAUGCGCUUUGCAGAAAUGACUCAGGAGGUGGAGGUUGCUCGACCAGUAGAUCGACCAAUCUACCGUCUGGCAGCUGGGCGUAGACACAGAAACCAGGCUUUCAAAGAUGAGCUGUCCCGGCGCCUGGAGGAGAGGGGAGGUCCAGUUAAUGGAGGCGACUCGGCUCUAAUGAACCAGCUCAUUGAAAGCCUCCCAGCUCUGCCUCCUUGUGAACUGGUGGACCCUACCGAUGAUCAGACGCUGCCCCGUCUGAUUGAGGUCCUGGAACAGCGGCAUCGUAUUCGCCAGAUGAUGACUGAACAAGUCACACACACUGCCAAUAAGGUGAAGUUCAUGCUCCAGCAGUUUGACAGUCAGAUGAGCUCAAAGGACACCUUCGUCCAUGACCAGCAGAGCAAACUAAACGAGAAAGAAAAAGUCAUUCUGAACCAGAAGACUGAGAUUGAACGCUUAGAGAAAAAAUCCAAGACAUUGGAGUACAAGAUCGACAUUCUGCAGAAAACAACAGAGAUGUACGAGCAGGACAAGCGCUCCCUUCAGCAGGAGCUGGAGGGCCAGGAGCAGAUGCUGCAGAAGGAGCUAUCGGAGAGGAGGCGCAUGGAGCAGCGAAUGCAGGGCGUGGUGACGGACACCAAACUCAAAUGGGAGAAGGAGUGUGAGAGACGAGUGAAUGCCAAGCAGCUGGAGAUGCAGAACAAGCUGUGGGUGAAGGAUGAAAAGCUGAAGCAGCUCAAAGCCAUUGUGACAGAGAACAGCAGUGGUGGCAGCUUUCCACCUGAACCACCAAAGAAACCUGAGAGACCCUCCAGAGAGAGAGACCAUACCAUGCCCCAGAAGCGCUCUGCCUCGCCAACAGCUCUUCCUGGCUUUAACCAAACUCCUCUUGGCCAAAAUCGAGUCAAUGUUAGGACAUUUCAGGAUCAUUACUGUACCUCCACCCCCUCCACCUCUUCACCAUAUCCUUCAGUAGCCUCCUGUAUCUCCGAAUGGGAGCAGAAGUUCCCUAUAGACUCGGGUAGCCAGUCUAGGCUCCAUGGAACCCCCCAAAACCAGAACCGGACUCCUGCUCCAGGCUACAGCACCAAUAGUGUGGAUCGCAGGAGAGGCCAGCGCUGGGCACCAGACACUGAGGCUCCCACCAAUGAUUUAGACCGAAAUGCAGGCACAAGGACGGUUCCUCCGGUUCGCCCAACGCACAGGCGCUCACGGUCUGCGGGUGGGGAGAAAUGGGUAGACCACAAACCAGCCUCUAAUUUGGAGCUAGACACUGUAAUGCAGCCAAUCAUACCCAAUGCAAUCAAGGUGUCGACCCCCAACGAGAAAGCUCUGUCUAAAUGUCACAAGUAUGUGCUCAGACACCAAGAGCUUGCCUCGGACGGGGAGAUCGAGACCAAAUUGAUCAAGGGUGAUGUUUUUAAGACCAGAGGUGGAGGACAAGCUGUGCAGUUUACUGACAUUGAGACUCUAAAGCAAGAGUGUCCAACAGCACCAAGUCGCAAAAGGCGAUCAGGGUCAGAUGAAGGACCUGCUCAAACUGAAGACAUAGAAAACAGGGCUCCAGUGGGAGGCACCAGUUCAAGCAAUGGGUAUCAAAAACGCAGAAGACCGUAAGACGCUGCACGACUAAACUCUUCACUGAAAACAUGUUGCCUCUCAAAUCAGUGAAAGGGACACUACGCAUCUUUUCAACAAGCAUUAUCAUCUGAAUUUAAGGCAUAUUAUUGGUGCAAUUCUUAUUUAAUCUUAGCUUAACGGAGUAGUAACUUGUAACUUGCUGGGUUUAUGCGCUCUUUCCUUUUCCAAUGUUGGAAUCAUGUCCAGUUAAGAACAAAGGUAGGAUUAGUAGUCACGCGUGACCUCGCUACAAUAGUUUUGGUUUAGUAUCCUUUGAUUACCCUGUACCCAAAGAUUUAAUUAUUUGUGAUGCAAUCUUUUUAAAUGCCAUAGAUUAUUGUUUUUGUUUGUGUUUUUUUCCCCUUGGACUCAUUCAGCUAUUGUGUGUCACACUGAAUAAGCAUGUUGCUAAUUACAAAAAACAAUUUUAAGAUCCACAAAGUGUAGAGCUGCAUAUGUAAAUACUGAUCUGUCACAAGUUGAGCUAAAAAACUGUAAAUACCUUUUUUUUUAAACCCCUCCUCAGAUAUGUACCAUGCAGGGGUUUUUGAUUAGAAUAAAGUAACUCAGACACAAAGA